AUGUGCGGCCAAAAAAAUGGGGGAGGGCCAGCUCCAGAGGACUUCACUCCGGCUGAGGAGCUGGCCCUCUCCUUAAACAGGGGUCGCCCAGCCACUGAGGGCAUCGAGGGUGGUGUGACUUCUGACCCUAGUGGAGGUAGCAGCUCGCAGAGCUCCUGCUUUGUACAGGGUACGUUUCAGUGAGGCAAAGGCAAACCACUGACUUGCUCAAAAAGCACAGAGUUGUUUGUGAAAAGGUGACUGCUAAUGUUCUAAUGUUUCUCCCCAGGGGACAGUGACACACUGGCUGUCACGCUGCUACCUCCACCCAAGCAAACAUUUCCCAGUACAGAGGUAACUGCAAAUUCAACGAGCUAUCACAUAAUUCACCUGUGGCUGCUGAUGAUUCCUUCACCCAACAAAACCUUCGUCAUCAUGGAUGUAGGUGGAGGUCAUUGAUGAUGAGACUCUCUCAGCCUGCUCAGAGAGACCAUGGCCGGUACAACUUAGUCAUUGUUCUCUUCUAAAGUGGUUCUCACAGUGGUGGGGAGAUUGUGGCAGUUAUUUAACAAUGGCAAAUUCCACAGGUCUGUUGCUGGGAAUGAUAAGUGUGCUCACAUGCUCUCUCAUUCUGUUACUCAAUUUCAAUUGUUCUUCUUUCACAGGAAGAGGCAAACCCAGCUUCCCCUGAGCCAGUGGCCUCCACCUCUAGACCAGCCAAGACAAGGGAAUCACAAAAUGUAAUCCAUUUUCACAUUAACCAAAGUUUUAUAAGCACAUUUUCAAGCACACAAUGUAAAGAGGCAAAUGCUUGGACAUUGAAGCAACUGCAUGUGUUUGAUUUCAGCCUGGGCCGACACAGUGAGGGCGCUAUACAAAAGACAGCUGGAAGAGGACAUUGCGUGCAAAGCACUCCAAGAGAAAGUGUUACAGCUCCAAAUCAAAAAAUUGACACUAGAGGUGGAAAAACUGGAGUAUGACAAACAGGUAAUGCAAUUUCUUGUCUAAAGAGAAGCAAUGGCAAUUUCACAUGUGAUCAUCCUCCAAAGAAAUUAGGUUACAUCUGCCCUGCAGUGGGCAGUGGGCUGCACUCAUGCUCACAGAGUACAGUUGUGGAAUAAACUAAUGUUUUUCCUUUUUCUUGCAGGAAGGUAAAAAAAAAGGACUUUCCCAAUAAAAUCAAAAUACAAACCAAAAUCACGCUUCUCGUGUGAAAAAUUGUUCGGUUAUGGCCUCCCGGACAGCCCUCCCUGAAGGGAAGUCCACGGUGAUGGGGUCCACAUGAUGCCAGAGUACUCUGGCACAGCCCACUGUACUGGCAGAAUGUCUACCCUCCUCCAGGGCAUUUCAUCCUCGCAGAUAGCGGGUACCUGUGCCUCCAGCACCCAAUUCCCCUAAUCACUCCCUAUAAAACAGCCUGUGGGAGUUGUGGCAGCCCAGCGCUUUAACAGGCAUCAUGCCAGGGCACGCUCUGUUAUGGAGCGUGCCUUUGGCAUGAUGAUAACCCGCCUCCGGGCCAUCUUUUUGAAAGCGCUGGAGAUCCACAACACCUUUGUGCCACAGGUACAUCAUCACUGCACACAAUGUUUUUGUUAUACUAGAGUGUAUAAUUAAUUAAAUAAAUACAUGAUCACUUAUAUAUUAUUAGGUCUAUAUACACUUUAUGUUCUUAUAAAUAUUCCUCUCAAAUACUCAGGUCAUCACUGCUUGUGCCAUCCUGCACAACAUCUGCCUGGGUGCCAGUGACACCAUGGCACUAGAAGAUGAUGUGCAGGGCGGCAUGCCAGAGGAUGAGUUGGAGGACAGACUGGAGGCCGUCAGUGGUGCCCUCUGGCGAGACCAAUUGUCUGUAGAGGUAUCAGUCCUGGAGGAGGUGGACCAUGACCAUGACUACCUGUAAUUGGCAAGUACAAUUCAUAUAAAGUUUCUCCUCCGUGUGGCACAGAAUGUAUUUUGGUUAGUGGUGGGCUUCUUUCGACCUCAGAAGAUGUGACCUAAAACUUGUUGGACUGUUAGUCUACUCUUGUCUCAUUCUUUAAAACAGGCAUGGCAGACAUUGAGCCAGCCCUGCAAACCCAGACGAUGUGGAUGACAGUGGAGACAUGAAGCCCAAACACCCAGUCCACCCACGUGAUGUCCUACUGCCAGUAGACACCAGUCUCUGUUGUGGUGUCCCAUCCAGCCCAGCAGCACUGCCAGAGAAACCUGCUCAGCCUGGAGAAAAGGAGGCACCGGAACAGGGGCAGGCGGUAGCCCAGGGUCCUGCGCAGGAGGGGGGGCCGCUUAAGUUUCCUAAGUUGUGUUUAUACAGAGUGGUGCCCAUUUUAUUUAGCAUUUUGCCAGUUUACUGUUGACCUGAGUAUUUUAUUUCUUUAUUUUGUUUUCAUUUUCC